GCCGCCAACGCAGAGCCAUUCCCAUAUCCACCACCAAGUCUACAACCGCCAUCGCAACACCCGCCAACGACAUCCAUCGCACCAAACGCUGACGUGCUAAACAACGGCAACCAUGUGCCGACCGUUACCUUUGCGCCCAUCAUCGACCAGGUACGCAAGUGGUUGGUGAAGUACGAUGGAGGACGCGACCCGUUGGCGUUUGCAGAGCGAUUGGAGGAGUUAGCCGACGUCUACGCAUUAAACGUAGACCUGUUACCAAAGACGAUGCCUGAAUUGCUAAGCGGCACCGCCCUCCAGUGGUACCGCAACAACAACGAACACUGGAGCACCUGGCACUCAUUCAAACGUGAUUUCCUGAACUUUUUUCUGCCGGCCCAGUAUUUUGAGCGUUUGGAAGACGACAUCAGGCAACGGAGGCAGCGCCCGCGAGAAAAAUUUAAGGACUACGUGAUCGCGAUCCAGAACCUGAUGCGACGUGCAGCCUACAGCAACGAACAACGGUUGGAGAGAAUCUUCCGCAAUAGUCACGCCGAUUACUUACUGUACAUUAAACGGCGGGAUUUUAACACCUUGCCGGAGCUCCUAGCGCUCGCGGAAGAGUACGAAGGCAUACAAGAAAGUCGUCGGCGGGCCCCAGAAACCGCCCGACGAGAAAUAGUGAGGCAUGUUGGUGACGACACCAUUAUGUCACCACCCCAACCGAGACAGGCAUUUCAGCAACGACCGCCACCACGCAUGGAUCAGCAUCAUCGAGAAGCCCCCGAGUACAGCGCCGGACAACCAAUAAUUUUGAGCCAGGAACGCGGCCGCCUCUACGCCCUAAUCUCGUUGGGUGGAGCGCCCGCGGAAGCCGUCAUCGACACAGGAGCCUCGAGAAGCUUCGUGUCCGCCAGCGUGGCGGAGCAAUUGGAGCAGAAAAAGGAGGCGCCAUACAAGAGGCGACGGUCCGCAAGGGAGAAUAUCAAUAGAAUUGAACACGAGGAUCUCAACCACGAAGAUGAGGCAGCCCGCAUACGCGACUUUCUAGCCGAAGAACUGCAAAAAUUCGAGACUAUUAGCGGAGUAGCCACCGUGGGAGAGCACCGGAUCAUCAUGACUGAUGAACGUCCCAUCAAACAGCGGUACUUCCCGCGCAACCCUGCGAUGCAAUCUGUAAUCGACACGGAAAUCGAUGAGCUACUCAAGAAAGGAUGUAUUGAGCCGUCUCGCAGUCCGCACAGUGCACCGAUCGUACUAGCCCGGAAGAAGAACGGCAAGUGGCGCUUAUGCGUGGACUACCGGCAGCUCAAUGCCCGGUCAGUACCGGACGCAUACCCCUUGCCGAGGAUACAGCACAUACUGGACAAACUGCGCCAGGCAAAGUACAUAAGUAGUUUAGACCUCAAGAACGGGUACUGGCAGAUACCCCUGGAGCCCAAGAGCCGCCCGUACACAGCCUUCACCGUACCGGGACGCGGCCUGUUUCAGUGGCGCGUCAUGCCGUUCGGCCUACAUUCCGCCCCCGCCACAUUCCAGAGAGCGCUAGACCAAGUCAUCGGCCCGGAAAUGGAGCCCUACGCGUUUGCCUACCUCGACGACAUAAUCGUCAUAGGCUCCACCUUCGACGAACACGUGGAACACUUGCGGGCGGUACUCCGACGACUACAGCGGGCCAUCGUGUGCAUUAACUCCGAGAAGUGCGACUUUUUUAAAAGGGAGCUCCGGUACUUGGGCCACGUCAUUAGUGACAAGGGCAUACACACCGACCCCGACAAAGUUGCCGCCAUCAAGGAACUAAAACCACCGACCAACGUGAAGGAGGUACGCCGAUACCUCGGGAUAGCUUCCUGGUAUCGCCGGUUCGUACCCGACUUCGCUGCGCUAAGCCAACCACUCACCGCCCUCCUGAAGAAAGGCAAACACUGGCGCCAUACUGGGGAACUGAGCAACAGGAAGCGUUCGACGUGA